CUAGAAAUUUCUAGACGGUCGCAUUUGAAACAAUAUAUACAGGAAUUGAUUAUCUGUACCUACGCGUUGGCUGUGUAUAUCAAACAUACACAUAACGAGUUUUGGUUUAUAGUUAACAAAACAAACAAAGUUAUUUACUAAUCAACAAAUUCAAUAUCGAGUUGUUUGAUGGAUCCCAGGCUACAUAUUCAUAACUAUUACCCAAUAAUGUUUUACUGUUCCAAACUCGAAACCAUAACAAAUGUUGGAAUGUUCAAGGUAAAGUUGUAAUAUAGUCUGAAUUUGGCGAAUUAAUUUUUCGUUCUUAUGGUCUGGUGCCAAAGUGAAACAUGCAAAUAAUAGCGACGUAUUUGGCUUUCACCAUCUUGGCUUUGCUGGAUUUGAUAUCAGCUCAGUCUAUUCCAACCCAAACUGAACAGGCGAACCUAUUACGUGAUGUCAACGAAGUUUUCGAGCUGCUAAAGCUUGCGGCAGAUGAAGAAAGUGACAUUGUACUUAAAUCUGUAGAGCACGAUGUAGAUCUUAUAGAGAAGAGGGCUUCUUACACCUUAGGGUUGUUAGAAAGAAUAAUAUUGAUGCGUCUGUCCUGUGACGCAAACUCAAUCUCUUCUCUAGACUACCGACCGCACAUCAAAACCGUCAAAUUAGAAGGUGUCGCCGCCCUGACAGCAUGCUCUGCCUCCUCACUCGACAGAGUCCGCUCUGGCGCCGCCCAUUUGAAAAACAUCACCACCCACGCAGUUUCGAGUGGUCAAGGGGUGUUAAAUAAACUGGAUGCUUGCAGUAAGAAGUCAGGAUUGGCUGUGAUUGCAUGUUAUAGGAAUAUUAUUGUAAAUGACGUAACACCAGUUAAGGUGGCUUUAAUGGAUACAAUCAAGACCCACAAAGAAAAAUGUUCAGAGGUGGCAGCAAUAAGGAAUGACGUGAACAAAUGUGUAGAUAUGACAGUGGAACAAUACAGGAGUUUGUUGGAAGUAGAACUAGAAAAAGCACUAAGAAAUAUGACGUAAAACCAUACGAAUUGUUUUUAUAUUUAUUUAUUUAUCAAUUAAUAAAUGUUUGCAUAAC